UGCCAUAAAGCUAUGACGUCGACGUUAUGACGUUCUCUUUCCCCGCUGUCACAAGGAGGUUUGGAAUUUUACGUCCGCCAUCCAUCGAUAAUCUACAAUGGCCGAGGAAGGCAUCGCUGCCGGAGGUGUGAUGGAUGUUAACACCGCUCUCCCGGAAGUGCUGAAAACCGCACUCAUCCACGAUGGUUUGGCCCGCGGUAUCCGCGAAGCAGCGAAGGCUCUGGACAAACGCCAGGCCCACCUCUGUGUUCUCGCCGCCAACUGUGACGAGCCCGCCUACGUCAGGCUUGUGGAGGCUCUCUGCGCCGAGCAUCAAAUCAACCUCAUCAAGGUUGACGACAACAAGAAGCUCGGCGAGUGGGUGGGCCUCUGCAAGAUUGACCGCGAGGGGAAGCCGCGCAAGGUCGUGGGGUGCAGUUGCGUCGUCAUCAAGGACUAUGGCAAGGAGUCCCAGGCGAAGGAUGUCAUUGAAGAGUACUUCAAGGCUAAGAAAUGAGGUGUGAAUAACAGCCGCUGAAAAUAAAGCUAAAAAAUUGGA